AUGCUUGGUGUGUGCGGCCCACCGAUCUCCUCGCGGGUGGAAGGUGGAGGGCAAAGGCCUCCCUUCCAGAAAAACCCAGAGAUUAAUUGACAGAAAAUCUGUUUGUAAAGACUUUGGCUUCUAAGCCAUGAUCCGAGCUAGAUGAAGCUUAUAUUUUAAAAAAAAUUAAAAAAAAAAAAAAAGGAAUGUUAAAACUUGGAUGUUGUGCCGGAACAUUGAUAUUAGGAUCUUUAAGAUCCUUCAAAUUGCUUAUUAAAUACAGUAUAGUAAAUUGAAUGCAUUUGUGGGACCAGCCAGACCACUAAGGGCACAAAAAUCUGUUAAGAGUGGAUGCAGGCUUGUUUUCAGAAGAUCCUUUUCUGACACAUCGAGGUACAAAUGAUAUCAUUAUAAGCUAGUUGGCUAGGACACCUACACAUUAGGCACCAAAGUAGAGUCACUCAAAGUGAAAGGAGGAUAACCCAAAUUUGCUUUUGGAACCAUGAAAAUUUUGCUCGUUUUUGACUUUGACAAUACAAUCAUAGAUGAUAAUAGUGACACCUGGAUUGUACAGUGUGCUCCAGAGAAAAAGCUUCCUAUUGAACUACAAGAUUCUUAUGAAAAAGGAUUUUGGACAGAAUUUAUGGGCAGAGUCUUUAAGUAUUUGGGAGAUGAAGGUGUAAGAGAAGAUGAAAUGAAAAGAGCAGUGACAUCAAUGCCGUUCACUCUGGGGAUGGUGGAACUUUUGAACUUUAUAAGGAAGAACAAGGAUAAAUUUGACUGCAUCAUUAUUUCAGAUUCAAAUUCAGUCUUCAUAGAUUGGGUUUUAGAAGCUACCGGUUUUCAUGAUGUAUUUGAUAAAGUGUUUACAAAUCCAGCAGCUUUUGAUAGCAAUGGUCAUCUCACUGUGGAAAAUUACCAUGCACAUUCUUGCAGUAGGUGCCCAAAAAAUCUUUGCAAAAACGUAGUUUUGGUAGAAUUUAUAGAUAAACAGUCACAGCAGGGAGUGAAUUAUACACGAAUUGUUUAUAUAGGUGAUGGUGGAAAUGAUGUCUGUCCAGUAACUUUUUUAAAGAAGAGUGAUGUUGCCAUGCCACGGAAAGGAUAUACUUUACAGAAAACUCUUUCCAGGAUGUCUCAAAAUCUUGAACCCAUGGAAUCUUCUGUUGUAGUUUGGUCUUCAGGUGUUGAAAUAAUUUCUCACUUACAAUUUCUAAUAAAGGACUAAUAUACGAACAA